AGUUGAGGCUGUGGCUAUUUUCUUGAAACAAAAUGCCUCUCUGUACAAUAUGUCCAAGCUUAUGUGGAAAGCAAGAGGAAAAUGGGGGAGUUUUCUGUGUGGAGAAGGUCAGUGGUGCCCCGGGGAUGUUUGGAUAAUGUAGAGAUUUCUGGAUUAGCAACAGGAGGUGGGUUUUAUUCACAAAGUUACUAUCAGACUGCAGUGUAGCCUACAGUUUCAUCCACUAAGUACUGGGGCUUAAAUACAUGUUGUGUUAUUCCCUCCACACACACAGUCUUUGCCGCAUCGCCUUAAACGCUGACAAUAUGUGGCAAGGACCUCGGGCAAUCAUUUGAAAUAUGCUCCAUUCAUUGUGCGGGGAAAUGUGCACGCCUUCUGAUGUGCUCUACUAGAAAGUGUGGAUCUUCACCUGAAGCUGUUCCUGUGCGUUAGACAGAAAUGCUCUGAGAGCUGGAGGUGAAAGAACGGACUCACGAUGAAGGAUUACUAACAAACCUCCACAAUUGCAGAUAUGUUUUAGACGCGCGCGUAAUGAGACUACAUGCAGGAAUUUUAAACAAAGAGUGAUCAUUUAAUGUGUAGGACUUUUACGAUACAUUUCCGUAAUUUCCUCCGGCAGUUUCUGAAGUCUUAUCGUUCGCAGAGAAGGGUGUUUCACAUUGGAUAACAUUUCGCUUUAAGAAGCUCGUUUUUUAGUUUAUCUUAUCAGUUCCAUUUAGCAGCCUACAGUCGCUGGCACACCGAAGGAUGCUGAGGUUAUACACGAGGAGCCAGAUUUGUCUCUGAGUCGACUGCAACUCCUAUGGAUUUGAUUGUUAUCAUGGACUUAACAAAUCAUAAAACCAAGACCCGACCACCCUCUAUACCUUUCAUGGAUGGUACCGGGCAGACUGUAGCCAAAAGACUCCGUCCGGCAGAAUACAGAGAUUCCGCGAUUGUGAUGUCCAUGAGUGACGGCGCCCUCCCACGUGAACAAUCUGCCCCUUUGACAGUGCAGGAUAACCGGUCCAAUAUGUCCAGGCCCAUGAUCACCAGAUCGCCAGCCUCCCCACUGAGUAACCAGGGCAUCCCCACGCCUGCCCAGCUCACCAAGUCCAACGCUCCAGUGCACAUCGACGUCGGUGGCCACAUGUACACCAGCAGCUUGGCCACACUAACAAAAUACCCCGAGUCCAGAAUUGGCCGUCUCUUUGAUGGCACAGAGCCCAUUGUCCUGGACAGCCUCAAGCAGCACUACUUCAUUGACAGGGAUGGUCACAUGUUCCGCUACAUCCUCAACUUCCUCAGGACCUCGAAGCUCCUCAUCCCAGACGACUUCAAAGACUACAGUCUGCUGUAUGAGGAGGCCCGCUACUUCCAGCUGCAGCCCAUGCUGGCGGAGCUGGAGCGCUGGAGGCAGGACCGCGAGCACAACCGGGUGUCUCGCCCCUGCGAGUGCCUGGUGGUGCGGGUGGCGCCCGACCUGGGCGAGAGGAUCACCCUGAGCGGCGACAAGGCCCUCAUCGAGGACAUCUUCCCCGAGAUCGGCGACGUCAUGUGCAACUCCGUCAACGCCGGGUGGAACCACGACUCCACGCACGUCAUCCGUUUCCCGCUCAACGGCUACUGCCACCUGAACUCUGUGCAGGUCCUGGAGCGGCUUCAGCAGCGAGGGUUUGAGAUCUCGGGCUCGUGCGGUGGUGGCGUGGACUCAUCCCAGUUCAGCGAGUAUGUGCUGAAGAGGGAGCUGCGGCGGGCCCAGCGAGGUCCUCAGACAAACAGGAUAAAACAGGAGCAGCUGGACUAAUGACCUCCCAGCCUGAGGGGGCGCCAGACAUUUCAACUUUACCACAGAAGCACGGACACUUCCUGUGUGUUACUCGUUUUUGUUUUUCUUUCGUUUUUUUUUACGUACAUAAGAAAAAAAAGGAAAAGUGCAACUGAUUUUUUUUUUUUUUGCCACAAGAAGAUACAGAACAUUUGAUGACUUUUUUAAAUCAUCAAUUUCCUUGUGACUUUCCCUUGAAGACAAAAAUUGUCCCCGGAUGAAGUUUGUUUUAAAACUUUGAUGCUACAGUGUGAAAAAAAGAAUCUAUGUAUAUAAAGGCCACCCUGUUCAAAUAUGAUUUAAAAUGAAGUUUGUUAUUACCACUACUAUUUUAUUAUUCCAUGCAACAUCCCAUAGAAUGAAGUCAGCAAUUUUGCAAAAAUUCUGUCUCUGUGUACGUGAUCUCCAUUUUCCAUGUUGUGUAAACAUUUUUAAAAACUAUUUGUCCACUGUUUUUUUUCUGCUGGACAAGUGACAUGCAAAAAUGAAAACAGUUGAAGUAUGUAAAGAUAGCUCAAAUAACUUUUUAUGGAAAGUAAUCUCUCAGUAUGCCAGGAUGUCAUUGAACAUUCUCCACUCAUUAAAAUAAAAAAAUAUAAAUUAUGUUAAUGCAA